UAGCACACACCAAGACCUGCUCUCUCUCAUGACUAGACAACUACUUUACACCCUAAUCCAGCUUUGAUAGCCAUCUGUACACCAAGGAGAAUGUUACCACGUCCAUCUUUAGCUGUGCUCCUCUGUCUCCUGCAAGUCCUCUGCAUCACUGCUGAUAUAGACACCGGCUCCUUCGUCAUCUACAAUGAGAACCACAACAAGUGUAUCAGGGUGGAGAGUGCCAGCUCGGUGACAGUGGCCCGCUGUGAUCCUCACGCCGAAGACCAGAAGUUCCGCUGGGCCUCGCAGUCGCGCCUCCUCAGUCUGUCCCUCAAGCUGUGUCUGGGAGCGGCGGAGAUAAAAGACUGGGUUAAGGUGCUGCUCUUCCCCUGCGAUGAGAAGAAUGAACUCCAGCAUUGGCAGUGCAAGAAUGAGACUCUGUUUGGCCUAAAGGACCGGGACCUGCACUUAAACUGGGGCAACCGCAAUGAGAGGAGCGUCAUGAUCUACCAGGGCUCAGGGCUCUGGAGUCGCUGGAGGAUUUAUGGAACUCGGCAUGACCUUUGCUCAAAGGGAUAUCAAGAGAUUUUCACAAUAGGGGGCAAUGCGUUUGGAAACCCUUGCCAGUUCCCCUUUAAGUUUGGAGAGAAGUGGUACGCUGAGUGCACAGUGGAGGGUCGGCCAGAUGGACAGCUGUGGUGUGCCACGGAGACAGAUUAUAAUAAUGACAAGAAGUGGGGAUUUUGCCCUACCAAAUCAUCUUCAGGCUGGGACACCGACCCAGUGACAGGGGUGCAGUACCAGAGGAACGUCCAGUCCAUACUGACCUGGCACCAGGCCAGGAAGAGCUGCCAGCAGCAGGGGGCCGACCUCCUCAGCAUCGUCGAGCUCCAUGAGCAGACAUACAUCUCAGGAUUGACCAACACUUUGGGAACAUCUCUGUGGAUUGGACUGAACAGCUUGGACUAUGAGAGCGGGUGGCAGUGGAGCAAUGGAAACCCGUUCAGAUAUUUAAACUGGGCGCCAGGCCAUCCCUCAUCCGAGCCCGGGCUAAACUGUGGAGUCCUGAAUGCUGGCAAAGCCUCGAAGUGGGAGAGCAGCGCCUGCACCAAGAAACUUGGGUACAUAUGUCGCAAAGGAAAUUCCACCAGCAUGCCCCUUCCGUCUAUAGGCAAGGACCAGCCCAGCUUCUGCCCCAGUCACUGGGUUCCCUACGCAGGACACUGUUACUACCUGGAGCGCACUAAGAAGAUGUGGAGGGACGCCUUGGCUGCCUGCCACAAGGAGGGAGGAGACUUGGCCAGCAUACACAACAUCGAAGAGCAGAGCUUCAUUAUAUCCCAAUCCGGAUACUUGGCAACAGAUGAGCUGUGGAUUGGCCUGAACGAUCAGAGGAACCAGAUGCUGUUUGAAUGGGCUGAUCGCACCCAUGUCACCUUCACCCGGUGGCAGACAGGCGAGCCGUCCCAUGCCACCAACCACCAAGAGGACUGUGUCCUUAUCAGGGGAAAGGAUGGUAAGUGGGCGGAUCACAUGUGUGAGAAGGCGUAUGGAUACAUCUGUAAGAAGAAGGCCUCCACUACACCAGGGCAAGGUGCCCAACAAGAUGCCAACCCAGGAUGCAAGCUUGGCUCGGUCAGGUUUGGUUCGUAUUGUUACAACAUUGGAGCUGAGACGAAAACUUUUGAUGAGGCAAAGCAGGCCUGCAGGGACGCCAGCUCUAACCUGGUGGACGUGGCUGACAGAUACGAGAGUGCCUUUUUGAUUAGUCUGGUGGGUCUGAGGCCGGAGAAGUAUUUCUGGAUAGGCCUUUCCAACAUGGAGGACAAAUCCACAUUCAAGUGGACUGUCAGGAGAAAGGUCUCGUUCACUCAUUUCAAUGUGGGCAUGCCAGACAGAAAACAAGGUUGCGUUGCUAUGGCAACUGGAGUUUCUGCUGGAUUAUGGGAUGUUGUGAGCUGCAGCAACAAGGAGAAGUACAUCUGCAAGAAACCGGCUGAGGGUGUGCUGAUGACAACGGUGCCACCCACCACCCCGGCCCUGAGCUGCCCGUCUGGGUGGAGGCCAGCUGCCAAAAGGAGCGUCUGCUACAAACUUUAUAAAAAAUCAUCAGAGAAUAAGAAGACUUGGGCUGAAGCAUUGGAGUUCUGCAAGGCCAUUGGUGGGGACCUGAUGAGUAUUCAUAGUGGACGGGACCUCGACAACGCUCCGUUUCAUUCCUCUGAUGCGGCCUGGAUUGGCCUCAGCGCCCAGGAUAGCAAUGCAGGAUUUGUCUGGACAGAUGGGACGGCUUUUAGCUAUGAAAACUGGGGCUUCGGGGAACCAAACAACUACAACGAUAACGAGCUCUGUGCAGAGAUCCAGUUUUACUAUGGGCGGCACUGGAAUGACAGACACUGUGAGUCCUACAAUGACUGGAUCUGCGAGAUACGCAAAGGUGUGACGCCCAAACCUGAGCCGUCCAAAGUUACACCAGUGUACAACACCACUGAAGAUGGCUGGAUCAUAUACAACGACACACAGUAUUUCAUCAACACCAACAACCUAGCCAUGGAAGCUGCUAGAGCCUUCUGCAAAUCAAACGCUGGUGAACUUGCAGUUAUCACAGCAGAGAGCGAGAGGAGGUUCCUUUGGAAACAGAUAUCUAGAGGCUCGGAGGGACAAUACUACAUUGGCAUGAUAGUAAAUUUGGAUAAGUCUUUCAGCUGGAUGGAUGGCACCCCUGUAACUUACACUGCAUGGGAACAAAAUGAGCCCAACUUUGCCAACAAUGAUGAAAACUGUGUGACUAUAUACAAGAGCAUGGGCUACUGGAAUGAUAUUAAUUGUGGUGUUGAGCUUCCCUCCAUUUGCAAAAGAAGCGCUAAUUUCACCAAUACAACUAUUGCACCCACUACUGUGCCUAAGGGAGGGUGUGCCCCAGAAUGGAUAUCUUUCCAUGGAAAGUGCUACAAAUUCAUUGUGGGGGAUGACAAGAAGACCUGGCAUAAUGCCAGGACGCACUGCGUAAACCAGGGAGGAAAUCUGGUUUCUAUCCUCAGUGAGCAGGAGCAAGCAUUCCUGACAACACAGAUGCUGAAAUAUCCCGAGGACUUGUGGAUAGGCAUGAACGAUGUCAACUGGGAGAUGCGUUUUCUAUGGACAGAAGGAAAAGGGGUUUCAUACACCAACUGGGCCAAAGGACAUCCAACUUCAGUGCCUGAUGGACGCUAUUCAUUUAUGGAUGAGGUGUUUGACUGUGUGAUCAUGGUGGGCAGCUCCUCCAGACAGGUCGGGUUCUGGAAGGUGGAAGACUGCAACGCACAGCGCAGCUUCAUCUGUAAAAGGAGCAUUGAUUCUCAGAUUGUGAUCCCGCCCACAACUGUGGUACCAAAGGCCUUCUACAAGCUUGGCAAUGACUCGUACAAACUGGUGGCCCAGAAAAUGAAAUGGGAUGAGGCUAGGAGGCAGUGCCAAGCAGACGACGCAGAUCUGGCCAGUAUCCUGAACCCAAUAGUCCAGGCCUCCAUCACACUGCAGAUCCACAAGUACAAGGAGCCUGUGUGGAUUGGCCUCAACAACAAUGUGACCAGCGGGCGGUUCAAAUGGGUUGAUAACUGGCCCCUGUCUUAUACCAAAUGGGGUACAGAUGAGCCAAAAAACAACUACGGCUGUGUGUACAUAGAUGUGGACAAAACGUGGAAGACUGCACCCUGUAGUAACAACUACUACUCUCUCUGCAAGAAGUCACCAGACAUCGCACCCACUGAGCCCCCGCAGCUUCCUGGUAACUGCCCAGAGCCAAAGAAGAGAAAGACCUGGAUACCUUUCAGAGGCCAUUGUUAUACUUUCCUCAGCUCAGUGGUGGACAACUGGGCCCACGCCUCAGUGGAGUGUUUACGAAUGGGAGGGUCUCUGGUGAGCAUUCAGGACCCUCUGGAGGGCCAGUUCAUACAGCAGAACCUUGAGCUUCUACAAGACGGAUCCAAGUCCUUCUGGAUCGGCUUGUACAAGAGCCAUGAAGGUGAAUGGAUGUGGAUUGAUAACAGUGUGGUGGACUACACCAACUGGAAAAACGGGAUGCAAAAGUCAGAUUUCUGUGUGGAAAUCCAUUCUGAUAGCGGACAGUGGAGUACACAGAGCUGCAGCAGAUACAAGUCUUACAUCUGCAAAACACCCAAAACUAUUAUCCCAACAGAAAAGCCUCCAGUUGUUGCCCACAUUGUAGAAGAGGCUCCACACGGGUCUGCUGGCAUCACUGUGGCCAUCGUGCUGGUAAUAAUCGCUGUAGUGGGUCUCGGUGUCUUCUUGCUCCGUAAACGGAUACCCACCCCCAUCCUGGGAGAAUCCACCUUCGAAAACAAUUUAUACUUCAACAAUCCAAUCCGCGCCCCUGUGGACACUAAGGGUCUGGUGGCCAAUAUAGAGCAGAAUGAACAGGCCUAGAGAGACAGAGAGAGACCAGCGGAGGGCAGCCUCUCUGCUGUCCAGCUUAGGAUGGAUACACACUACCAAUUUAUCAAAGAACAAUUUGCCCCCUAGACAACGUCUUCAACAACAAAAACACUAUGAAAACAAUAUGAUGUGGUUAUUUUCACGCCAGUCUAGCCCUUUCAGUUUUUUUUUUAAUUUAAUAUAGUGCACUUCCAAAGAUAAUGACUGCAUGAAAACACUGCACUAAAUUAAUUGUGGACGAGAUAAUAUAAAGUGAAUAAUCUAUGACAAAUGUAACGUGAUUAUGUGAUUUUUCGGAGAAGUGUACAGAUUUUGUUCUUUUUUGGCUUUACCCAAUCAAGUUUCCCGAGAA